AGAACCAGGGACCACUUCAGAACCAGGGGCACAACCGGAAGGAUCAGCUGGCUUGCAUGCAAUGGACUGCACAGACAUUGUCAUUGGACGAGCUCGUGGUAUGAGAGGCAAUGUGGGAGACUACUACACUCGUGAUCGUUCAUCGCCAAGACCUGAUUCUUUUUAUGAUAAUGGCUUCAACAGUCUAACAGCAGCACUGGCAUAUGAGCAAAAUGGAGUGACCACAGUGUUAUUCAGAAAGAAGUUGGAAGCUACUGAACAACAGGAUCAUGACAUUAGAAAUGAAUUGAUGCAUGUCAUCUGGGCUCGUGGUCAGCAGAUUGGUCAAUAUCACCACAACCCUGAGUCUGGCCUUGAAAAAGGGAACCCAGCUGUGUCCAACUUUUAUCGUCCAGAUGAGAUCAAAUAUCAUGGUCAUGGUGCCCAAAGAGGACAGGCUAGACUCAACUUUGUGGAACAACCAAUCACCAAACCCUGUGGCAAUGAAUACAAGCAACCAACUAGCUGUACUGAUGAUGACUGUGAAUACAAAGCCACCUGGGAAUAUGACGCAGCCGUGGAUGAGGUGACAUUUACUCUGAAAGCCAAAAACACUGAGAACAAAUGGAUUGGUAUUGGAUUCUCACCGGAUAGGAAUAUGCCUGACACAGAUGUUAUUGUCGGUUGGGUGGAGGCUGAUGGAAGAGUUGUUGUACAGGACAGGAAAGCAGUGGGUUACUCUCCACCAUUAGUGGACUCAAGGUCAGAUAUAAAAAAUAUAGAGGGCUCCCAACUGUUUGGAGUCACAACUAUCAAGUUUACCAGAGCGAGAAACACCGGAGAUAACCAGAAUGACUUCCAGUUUUCUGACACUGAUUGCUACUACUUUAUGUAUGCUGUUGGUGGAAGCGUGUCUGGCACAUCUAUAAACAAGCAUGCCAAAACUCCUGUUAUUUCGUCUGAAAAAAUAUGCAUAAAGACAUGCUCUUCAGUGACAGUUACCAUGUCUGCAUCUGUCAGAUUUACCAGUGUCACAUUCAGUGAAAACCUGAGGAACAGGAACACAGAAGAGUUUAUAGAACUUGAGAGCAAAGUGAAGGCAGCCGUUGAGCCUGCUUUGAAAGAAGCACUGCCAGGUUACAGGAGUGUGAGGGUUGCAGAAUUUGCGCCAGGCAGUGUGGUUGCCAAACUGGAUAUAGAGGCUGACGUUCCUGAUAACAGCGAAGCUGCAGCCCAGAGUGAUUCACUGGAGGCCCUGAAAAGGGCAAACUAUUCCUCGCAGAGCCUGACUGCAGACCUGGGCUCUAUAACUGUAGAGCCGAAAAAACAACAGGGGACAGAUAAAAAACCAACUGGUGACCUGACAGAUAUACAGAUAUUUUCUAUAAUUGGGGGUGUUGGCGGGGCCAUAAUUCUCAUAGGCGUAUUUAUCCUGGUGGAACGUUGCUGCCAUUUCCGUAAAGAAAGGGCAUACAGAAAGUCCACUCAAAGCCUCACUAGCCACAAGGAUCAGCCAAGAGACAACAGCAAAGUGUACUACGACAACAAUGGUUUCGACGGCAAUGGCUACACUCACGACGCCCCUGUGCAGGAUGAUAACCAUAUUGAGGAAAAGCAAUAACAAAACUGACACCUUAAAAACGGUUGAAGUUAGUGUCACUCAAGGUCAAUAACGUUUUAAUACAAUUUUCAAGGAAAGAAGUAUUCAGUUUUUCCAAGUUUGACAUUGUAUAGAACUUCCCACUGCCAUCUACUUCCCUGCUUCAUACACCAUUCAAGUGGAAUAGUGUAGGUUAACAUUGUUAUAGUGUUACGCACAAGUUUCUUUAAAUUUAAAAGUUACAGAUUAAAAAUAUGAAUACUUCCAAUUUUCUUUUAAAAAAGAUAUUUCAUGAAGCUUGGAUCAGUUAACUUAAAGAUAAGUGAUUUUAGUCAACUCUCAGGCAAUGAAACUUAUACUUUACAUGUGAUGAGUUAUGGUUAUAUCUGGGACUUACUUGCAUAUCAAAAGCAAGUGAAAAAUGUGCUUGUUCUGUUAAGGACUUUAAAAAAUGAUCCCCUGUUACACAGUCCUUUGUUACCAAGUGC